AUGGCGGCUUCCUUAAUCAAGAUCAUCGGUUUUACAUUGCUGGUUAUUGAAAGCCUCAUUGGAAUAGUAGCAAAUGGAUUUAUUGUCCUUAUGAAUUAUAUUGACUGGUUCAAAAGCAGGAAACUCUCCCCAGCUGACCUGAUCCAGACCUGCCUUGGCUUGUCCAGACUUGCGUUUCAGGCAGUAGUGCUUCUGGAUGUAACUCUCUAUUCCUUUUCUCUGAGCACUCAUAUUUUGAAUUACCUAAAUCGAGUGAAUAGUGUUGUGUGGGUAUUUACAAACACCGCCAAUGUUUGGUUUGCCACCUGGCUCAGUGUCUUCUACUUUGCAAAGAUCUCCAUCUUCUCCCAUCCCGUGUUCCUCCAAGUGAAGCAAAGAAUCUCUGGACUGGUGCCGCGGCUGCUCCUGGGCUCCGUUUUUUUCUCUGCUAUUAAGACUAUUACUCUAGUCACAGCCUGGAGCGAUGGUUUGUCCACAUUCAAUUUCAACUCAUCACAUUUGAGCACCAAUGGUUCAGAAAUUAAAAGGUUUGACUUUUGUAGGUACCUUGAUAUUGUGGCAAAUGCCUCAAAUGUUAUUCCCCUUCUGAUAUUUUUGUCAUCAUCCAUCUUGUUAAUAACCUCUCUGUGGAAGCACACAAGACGUUUACAACGCAAUGGAACUGGAGUCAGGGAUCUCAACACCCAAGUUCACUUGACUGCCAUUAAAGCUCUGGCUUCCUUCUCUGUUCUGUACCUGUCCAGUUAUCUAGCAUUCGUUGCACAGGCAAUACUGAUCUUGAAUAACAUGGAUCACACUUGGCCAAUGAUGCUGACUGAUAAUGUUAUUGCUGCUUAUCCCUCCGGACAUGCUGUUAUCCUGAUCUUAAUUAAUCCCAAACUAAAACAGACAUGGGUCAGGAUGCUACAUCACUUGCAAUGCUGUUUGAUCCCAAAAGAUUUGCCCUAG